AUGUUGAAGACAGAGCUAGACCCUGACUUCAGCCAGUGCGUGACUUUGGAGGAGCUGGUGCAGAGCGCCAUCAACUUGGGCCUGUCGGGGGGUGAGGCCGCAGCGCGGAAAUUCUUCGAGCACGCGGCCGACCAUGACUUCCUCACGCUGGUGAACUUGGACCCCCAGGCCGCAGUGCUGGCGACGCGGUUCCAGCGAUGGGCCCAGGAGCACGGCCAUCCCAGGCGCCUCUUCUUCGCCGACGAGGACGUCUUAAGGCAAAACCAGGUGCUCUCCUUGGACGACUUUGCAGAGAUCUGCCGCAGGAAUGGGCUGGUCGCGCCCGACUCGGAGAUGGCGGAGUUGUACGGCUUCUGCGACUUGUCGGAGGAGGGCAUCCGAGCCGCUGACCUGCUGUUCCUGGAGCCGGAUCCUCGGGUGCGCGACCACGAGGAGCAACGCUUGAGGAUUAUGCGCUUGGGUCAGCGCGAGCACAAGCAGCAGUUUAUGGCGGAGGUCUUCCAAGAGGAGAAGAACCGGGGUGUGUCAGAUAGACAUCGCCUGGCUCCGAGGCCCUGGCAAGCUCGAAACUUUGAGCAGCUGCCACAGAUCGUGUGCGAGAAGAAGCAGGACUGGCAGCAGGCGGAGGAGCGGCGCACGGAGCAGGCUCGCGCGGAGUUCCUGCAUUACCUGCGCAAGAGCUAUGGCAACGAGGUUCGGGCCUGGCGGCGCGCGCUUGACCCGCAGGGCACCUUCCGCCUCUCCCUGACGGGGCUCCGCAAGUUCUUCCACGCGGAAGCCGGGCUGCGAGACUGCCGUGCCCCCGGGUCUCCGGGGAAUUUCACGAAGGCGCGGGCGCGGGCAGGGAGGGGACAAGAUGUUGAUGAAGCAGAUGCUGCUGCAUUGGAGCAGGCUUUGAAUGUGGCAAAGACGAUUGCUGCAAGACGUCUUGGGGAAACUGAGCACGCAGCCAACCAGGCAGAAGCCACGCAGGCGGAAGCCACCCAGGCAGCUUGCAGCGAGGCAGCAGCCAACCACGCAGAAGCUGAAGCCAAGGAGGCAAAGGCAGAAGCUGAAGCCAAGGAGGCAGCCAGCGGAGCCAAGGAGGCAGAAGCUGAAGCCAAGGAGGCAGCCGGUGAAGCAAAGCAGGAGGAAGCAGAAGCCAAGGAGGCAGAAGGUGAAGCCAAGGAGGCAGAAACCCAGCAGGCAGCCGGCAACAACGCAGGAGCCAAGCAGGCAGAAGCUGAAGCCAAGGAGGCAGAAGCUGAAGCUAAGGAGGCAGAAGGUGAGGCAAAGCCAGAAACCAAGCAGGCAGCCGGCAACGAGGCAGCCAACCAGGCAGAAGCCAAGGAGGCAGAAACCCAGCAGGCAGCCGGCAACAACGCAGGAGCCAAGCAGGCAGAAGCUGAAGCCAAGGAGGCAGAAGCUGAAGCCAAGGAGGCAGAAGGUGAAGCAAAGCAGGCAGAAACCCAGCAGGCAGCCGGCAACAACGCAGGAGCCAAGCAGCCAGAAGCUGAAGCCAAGGAGGCAGAACUGAAGCCAAGGAGGCAGAAGCUGAAGCCAAGGAGGCAGCCAGCGGAGCCAAGCAGGAGAAAGGAGAAGCCAAGGAGGCAGAAGGUGAAGCCAAGGAGGCAGAAACCCAGCAGGCAGCCGGCAACAGCGCAGGAGCCAAAAAGGCAGAAGCAAAGCAGGCAGAAGACAAGCAGGCAAGUUUGGCAGCCGUCAAAGCCAAGCAAGGGGAGGACAAGACGCAGCCCAAAAAAAAGCUAG